UGGACAGUUCUUUUAGUUUCCCAUGUGCUCGGCAGAUUCAGAAGUCAACAUUUUUAAAACAUAAAAAAAUAAGUUAAAACAAGAGCAAUGGGAGCGAAAAAGGUGAAAAUCAGCUCAGUGAAGCGGUCCGCUCACUUGAGAUCGAAGAAAACACCGCUCUCAAAGCAGCAACAACAAAAGCAGAAGCAGAAACGCGAUCAACUGAUCUCCAAGCGGGAACAGGGCCAGAAUAUAUUCUCCCAAAAGGCGAGGAAGCGCGACAAUUUGGCGCAGCGCAAGAAGCACAAUAAACUGGCCUCCCUGGGACUUGAUCCACUAGAAGACGACAACGAGGAUGGCGAUGAUGAUAUGCUCGAUAACGUUGCAGACAUGCUGGAUGGCGAUGAUCUUGCCCUACUACAGGCCAACAAACGCAAGCGCAAGGCCAAAGCGUCCGGUGAGGAGGACCCUAACCAGGGGCAAUCCAUUGGCUUGGAAAAGGCAUACGCUUCGGACACCAAAAAGGAACAGGAGGCAAAGAAAAUCAAGCUGGAUCUACUGCCCAUCAAGUCCAGAGAUGGUCAGAUCAUCACACGCACCACAGAGGUUGAUUACCUGCCGAAGCCCAAGCAGAAAAAGAAGAAGGAUGAGGAGCAGGAGGAAGAUUCCGAAGAAGACGAGGAAGAUGGGGAAACGGAGUAUGAAGACAGCGACGACGACGUUGUCAACGAUGUCGAGGCAGCGUCAGCUGUUCCCGUCCAAAAACUCAUAUCAACCACGGAUCUGCUGAUUGCCCGCCAGCAAGAGAUCGAGCGCCAAAAGUAUCGCAUUGGAAUUAUUUGCUCCGGACUGCUCGAAAAACCAGAGGACAAGAUGCGCAACUUUUACGCACUGUACGAACUCAUGGAUGAAAUCAAUCCAGCAAGUCGGCAGGCCAAUCUUAUGGCUGUGAGAAAACUGGCCAUAAUCUCUGUAACGGAAAUUUUCAAAGAUAUCUUACCGGAGUAUCGUGUGGGUCAGGUAGACACCAAGAUGCAGACGCUGCGCAAGGCCACCCUGGAUCGAGUUACCUAUGAAAACGCACUGCUUCAGCAGUUCAAGAAAUUCCUGCAGAAGCUGGAACAGAUCACGGCGCAGGUAAACAGGAGAGGAGGACUUAGGACGCCCCAGACCGUAAAGCUCGCUACGGUGGCCGUGCAGUGCAUGUGUGAUUUGCUGGUUGCACAUCCCUACUUCAACUACGUGCAAAACAUUGCCCAGUUGCUGGUCUAUAUGCUAAACUGUAAUUAUUUGGAGAUGCGAACGGCGGUUAAUCAGUGCUUCCGAACAGUAUUCACCAACGACAAGCGAUUGGAAAUGACACUUUUCAUAGUGCGACGCAUUAAUCAUCUGAUUAAAACGAAGCAGAAUAAUGUUCAUGUCGAGUGCAUUACCUGUUUGAUGGGUCUAAAUAUUAAGGGCGUGAACCUAGACGCAGAGAAAGAAAAUGAGCUGAAGCAAAAGAAGCUGGAGUCUCAUCGUCAGCGAUUGCUAAGUUUGUCUAAAAAAGAAAGGAAGAGGCGGAAGAAGCUAACAGAGGUUAACAGGGAACUGGAGGAGACCCGUGCCGAGGAAAACAAGCAGGCCAAGCACCAGAAGCUCACCGAGAUCAUCAAAAUGGUGUUUACCAUAUAUUUUCGCGUGCUAAAGAACGAUCCAACAUCGCGCGUAUUGAGCGCCAUUCUAGAGGGUUUGGCAGAAUUUGCGCAUGUCAUUAAUCUGGAGUUUUUCUCCGACCUGAUUGAUGUGCUGAACCGCAUUUUGGAAGAUCAAGAAGAGCUGGGCUACCGAGAGCGUUUGCACUGCGUCCAAACUAUAUUUGUUAUUCUUUCUGGCCAGGGUGAAGUGCUCAACAUCGAUCCAAUCAGAUUCUAUCAGCACUUUUACAAAAAUAUGCUGGCCGUACAGGCGGGAAAAAAUCACGAUGAUUUUACCAUCAUUCUGCGUACUCUUGAUGAAGUGCUGGUGAAACGUCGUCGAAAUAUGAGCCAACAGCGUCUAAUGGCCUUCGUAAAGCGGUUGCUUACGGGUAGCCUGCAUUUGCUCCAUAACGGCACCCUGGCCACGCUUGGAACCAUAAAACAGACCUUCCAGCUCACUUCUGUGCUCGACAAUCUACUGGAUACGGAUACUACUAUAGGUUCAGGCCGUUAUGAUCCUGAAUUGGACGACCCCGAAUACUGUAAUGCAGCCAGCACGUCGUUGUAUGAGCUCUCCCUUUUGGCACGGCACUAUCAUCCCACAGUGCGACGCAUGGCUACUCACAUUGCCCACGGAGUGCCAGCUUCGGGCGAAGGAGCGUUGCCUACGGAAAUCGGCAAACUCACCUCCCACGAGCUAUUCACGCAAUACGACAGCACACAGAUGGCUUUUAAUCCGACGAUACCACCACUCCCAAAGGCUGGUCAACCGAAACUGAAAAAGGGCAAACUUUUGUAUAUCCGUUCGGACUUCAAAGAUGAGUACGGAAAACUACUUCGAGAGUCAAAACUUUCAAAAUCCAAGGAUAAGCGUACAUUAAAUAUUGAUUUCUUUAGUGCACUUCAAUAAAGGACAUAUUGGAGAUAAA